AUGUCGUCUUUGCAGUACGCUGAACUUGCUCGGAGAGUAUUUACUUCUCACAUGAGGGCAUAUGCGACCCAUCCCUCAAACGAGAAACACGUCUUCCAUGUCCGACACCUUCUGAUUCAUAUCGGUCAUCUCGCAAAAGCAUUCGCCUUGCGUGAAGCGCCGAAGAUGAUUACUGACGGGAAGAAUCAAGUGACCAGUGCAUCCAAAGGUCGUGGCUUGUGUCCCGCUAAACCCACAAAGCAACAAGCAACAAGAUGUCGGCGAACAUUGUCCGUGUGCAAGGCCGGCUGUCGAAGAACCAACGAAUUUCAGAUUACAUCAGGCGCUGCUUUGGAUUUACUUGUCCAUGGCAAUCGAUUGUAG